CGGUUUGUUAUAAAUAAUACAAUUCGUUUUUUGGAAACUACAACACACAUUUCAUUCUAUAAGCUCAUUUUAUCUACGUCGUUUAUGACAACUAUACUCCCGAAGAGAUGGAAGCGUUCUGACGUGAUGAAACUUCAUCAUUACCUUUUAACAAUAAAUAAUAUCAUAACAAGUUAUCACAUAAUUAACAAAUAAAAACAUAUUUGCUAAUACCUCAGUACCAUAAACGUGUUAAACUCUCUGGAUUAUAUGUAAACACCUACAAAUCCCAACUGGCAUAUCAGAGCUUAACUCCAGGACCACAACAUAUUUCAUUGAUGUUCUAUAUAAAAUCGUAACGAAAUUUAUUAAUAAAAAUUGUAAAAACUGCAUUUUCAGAUGAUUUUUGUUUGCAUGUUUUGAAUCCAAAAGUAGGUAAGUGCGACUAAAGCCUAGCAUGCGAUGCUUGCCAUGGGCCCAUCUAUACACAAGUACGAAAAACUAGUAAAUAAGGAAUAAACUUUUUAGUUAAGCAUCAUGUAGAAAAACAUAUAUAUUAUUUAAAUAUUCUUUUAAAUAAUUUAGUACAAAUGAAUAUUAACACUUCAUUAAUAGCAUUCUAGUUUAUUAUAUUUCUGAAUGCAACACAAUCGAAAAAAUUUUGUAAAAAUAUUUUUACUUACGCACAAAAAUAAACUCAACUGCUGGCACUCACUCAGUCCCAGAAGAAAUAACAUUGCAAAUAUUAAUAAAUUAUUGCUCCAUUCCUACAUGUACAUGUGCCAAUCCGUCUGCCCACUUAUACGCCUACUCGACCGACUACGUUGAAAACCAUGGCGAUGUUGUUGCUCGGGCCAUUUGGGCUGCUUGUGUCCGAAACCAAAACGCAAUGCAACACGCAGGAUAUGUGCGUCCCAAUUUGGAGUACACGGUCUGGUAUCGUCUAACGGAUGCACCAGAAUGGCGCACCUUGCGCAUUUUACAAAGGAAUAUCAUGGAGGCUACCAUACAACAUCUGGUACCCGGACGCGAAUAUGAAUUUAUGGUGCUCAGUCAGGAUCAAUACGGUGACGGAAUGUUCAGCAAGCAAUUUCGAUUUUCAACGCAAGAAUCGAUCAUUGAGGCUUCCGAGGAAUUUUCAAAUUCACCACAUGAAACCAAUCAACUUUCGAGCACUCCAAGCGCACCUUGGAAUCUGAGUUUAAUCAAAAACCCACAAGGCUGGCUACUGCAUUGGGAGCAACCAAAACGCGGGCAAGAGCAUUUGGGUUUCUAUAUUGUCCGCUGGUGGAAGGAGCCUGAACAUUUUUUGAUUGGCACCGCUGAAACCUUCUCCAACUACUAUCAGUUGCGGAACCUCAAAGAAGAGGCCACAUUUCAAAUUCAAGUUAUUGUCAGCACCGCAAAUGGAGAGGAAAUACCCAGUGAGGUCUUGACCUUCGAAGUGGUUACACAUCGUAAAAUGCGUGCAUUAGUCAUCGGCAGCUCGGUCUGCAUCAUGUUCCUGCUCUGCGCGCUAUGCGCCUUCCUCUAUGUGAAACGCAAUUGCCUGCGGCACUUAUUCAGCGGUGACACCGUGGAUAUGGACGUCGAGGACAUCGAGAACUCAAAGGAGAGCGAUAAAAUCAACAACACUUGAGUAUAUGAAAUCAACUGGAAGUUCCAUAACUGAGCCUUAUUGGUAAUUGUUAAUUCCGCCAUUCAAGUUUCAUAUGCGAAGCGUAUUUCAUUUUUUUCGGUUUUAUUUUUUGAAAAAAAUUUUAAUAUUAAACUAAGUACCG